GCAUUUAUUACAAUGAAACAUUCAAAUUUCAAUCGGUAUAAAUCAUUCCAAGAUUCAAUAUCUCUCAGACCGUGUGACCCUCAGAGGUCAAACCAUCAUUUUUUAUAUUUUUUAAUGGUGUAGCUCUUUUCAUUUGCAUCUUUUCAUCUUUCAAUAUUUCCCUUUGAAAAUGUCUUGGAGCUUUUGUAUUUUGCAAAAUUCAUAAAGGAAUAUACAUUUUUAAAAAGGUUGUAAAUUGUGAAUUUAGUAGAACACAUUAUAGAAGAGAUUAAAGUUGUUUUCCCCCCUUUUGGUUAGGGUUAGAGUUACACCAUGGUCACUGUACAAUUACGAUGCUGGAGGCAGGGAACUGCAAGCGCGUAAUUUGAUAUUUUCAGUGACCAGAAACUCGGCCAGCACUAGUAAACUAAAUGCCAGUAAUGGUUUUGAUUGAACAGCAUGUAGACCGGCCACUAAAGAAAUACACUAAUUGAAAUCCCCUUCUGAAUGCUUCCUCAACUCAAGCUUCCUCAACUCAAGCUUCCGCAAAUGUCAAACAAGGGGCCCCUAUUCUACCAACAGGUGUGCGUGUGAUAAGCCAAUAAAAGCCACUUCAAAUUCUGCCCCGCCCUUUGACUUAGUGUCAACACUAGUGGGAGUGUCCACCUAGAUGUUUGCUGGAUGCAUCAGUUUACCAGCCUAACCAGUGGACUGUAGCAACUGGUAAGCUUAUUCAUCCAUAACACAUCGAGGGAAAACCCUGCGUUAGUUUCAUUUUACCAGGAACAUGGCAGCUAGGCAGACGGAAGGCGGGAUCCGGCUGAGUGCGCUUAGCAUACAGUAUCUCCAGAACAACUGUACCAGCCACCGCGGGCCCUUCAGUGCUAUUGCUGAACUCAUAGACAACGGAUACGACCCUGAUGUCAAUGCCACAGAGAUAUGGAUCGAUAAGACCAAGAUCAGAGACAUGGAGUGUCUAACAUUCAUGGACAACGGAAACGGAUUUAGCCCUGAUUUGAUGCAGCGGAAGCUCAGCGACAAAAAAGCAGUGUACGGCGAACAUCCCAUUUGCAUGUAUGGCAAUGGUUUCAAGUCUGGCUUAAUGCGUCUUGGCCAGGAUGCCAUCAUUUUAUCCAAAUCAAAGAAUGACCUGUGUGUUGGCAUGCUGUCACAGAUUUACCUGGAGAUAGGAGCAAAGCACAUUUGUGUGUCUAUCAUCAGCUUUAAUAAACAAGAAGCAAAUAAGUAUAUCCUUUUGAGCUUGUCAAGUGAGUAUACACUGUGCUCCUGGUCACUGCUGUUAUGUGGUGUGGAUCACUAUUAUCAUGAAGUAAAUCCCUCUGGAUAUGUUAAUCAAGCCAAAUCUGGUUUCUUGGCAAGGGCCUUUUCAGAGGAUAUUAUUAUUGUUAUUUAUUUUUUUUAUUGGAUUAUAAUUGUUAUUGGUUCUAUAUUCUGCAUAUAUAAUAUCCUAGUUUAGACCAAGCUAGAGAAGUAGCUAGACCUAACCUUGCACUGGCUUUCCAACAUGAGAUAUGGUUCAUAAUGUAAUUAUAUUGUUUAUCAUGGAUCUGUUUUUCCUGCUAUGACACCGAAGUUAAAGAGUUCUGCUCAGUCCAAGGUGAGAAGAAUAUCGGUUACAUCUGCCAAGCCUAAUAAGAACUUCCUUGACCCGAGUGACUACUCAGUGGGAUGUGGGAGAACCAGGCCAGCCUGAGGGACAUACUGGACCACUCACCCUUCAACACUGAGGAAAAGCUGCUCACUGAGCUCCAAGCUAUCGAGGGCCCCACCGGGACCCGGAUCAUCAUCUGGAACCUCCGCAGGACAUCUGAAGGGAAUAUGGAGUUGGAUUUCACCACAGAGAAUGAUAUCCGCAUUAUCUGUAAUGACUCAGGCACUUCUGUCCCUGAGAUUCACUCCUCCUUGCGUGCAUACUGCAGCAUCCUCUACUUGAGGCCAUCUAUGCAGAUCAACAUUCGAGGACAGAAGGUGGAGGAUCGUCCCAUCUACGAGAGCCUUGACUAUAUCGACAGAUCGUACAGCUACAAACCCCUAACUCUGGAAGAAAAAAUCCCCAUCAUCUUUGGGGACAACAAGAGCAAGGAGCAUUAUGGCCUCAUGAUGUACCACAAGAAACGACUCAUCAAGGCGUAUCAUCGUGUCACUACACAGAUGACAAGCAUCGGAAUCAUUGGUGUGAUUGAGUGUAAUCAUCUGACACCUACUCCCAACAAACAGGACUUUGAUAACGAUGACGCUUACAGGAAAACUAUCAAAAGUGUGGCAGAAAAGUUAAGGAACUACAGUGAAAAAAUAAGUAAGAACGUCAGUGAUAACAACAGCAACAACAACAGUGAUAACAAAAUCGUACCCAUUGAGGAGCCAAAUAACGAGAGGAAUGAUGAGGAUGGUGAAUCUGAAGAGGUAAAGAAAAAAUAUGUAUUAUAAUAUUGCACACAUGUACUAUAAAUCAUACAUCAAAUAUAAUUAAAAUGCUUUAUUCAAUUUUUUUAUCAUUAUCAGAAUAAUAAAGAUUGUGAAUGUUUAUUACAUGCUAAUUUCAUAAAAGUUCCACAUGAUUAAGUUAAGUUAGCCAAUAAUCAUCUUUUUAAUACUAUAUCUUUUUAAUACUGUAUUGAUAGUCAGGCAGGUGGAGGGAAGUCGUUGCUAGGCCUGCCUGACAUUUAAACAAAAACGAAUUAUACCUCAUGAGUUGAUUUGCAUAUGGAAAUAUAUAACGUGUGAAUAGUGCUGAUUUGAUAAUUCAGAGCACUGAAACUGUCUUCUGAUCAUGACAACAAGACCUCCACCCCGAACACACCACAGACCUCAGGAGAGGGCGCUCCUGGUAAAAUGUGUUUUGGUCUGGGUGCUACAUACUUUAUUUUUACCUCCUGUUUUCUCCAACUUCUAUUCUUUGUUUUGUUUAUGAGUAACAGCUGGUACAAUAUUUCAUAUAAUAUUUCUCUAGCAUGCAGUGUGUCCACUAGCAGCAGUCAAUGGUAAUAACAGGUGUAUUCUCUCUGACAAAACCCCCCUCAAGGUACGAAGAGACCAAGGCGUAAUUGUGACGGGGGAGAGCCAGAAAUGAGCAUGAGAAACUCUUCUCCCCCAACUCAUGAGAACGUUGAGUUCAGCAGAGGAAGAGAGCGGUUACUUGAUGAAGUUGAAUACCUAAUUCAAGAAAAUCAGGACCUGACGGCGCAAAUAGAGAACCUGAACUCAAAG